AUGAAGUGCGACUGUGUAAAUCGGAUUCUAUCGACGGGUUUUCGUCAUUUGGGACAUUUUAUUGGAUUGCAUCCAGUAUGGUUUAUUGUAAUACCGAUAUUAUUAACAACAUUCCUUGGAUUAGGAUUUAUUCGUAUGAAAAUUGUGACAGAUAUAGAAUAUCUAUACAGUCCUAUAAAUGGUAGAGCAACUCAGGAGAGAGAUGCUGUUGAAUCUUUGUUUCCUCCCGAUCUCACUACAGAUUAUGACUUUUUGAGAGAUACCAGAUUAAGAAAGUGCGGAAAUGUGAUCUGCACCGCUAAAAAUGGCGGAACUAUGCUAAAAUCGAGUAUAUUCGACGAUAUUAUCGCAUUAGAUAAAGAAAUAAGCAACAUAAGUAUCAUUUGGAAUAAUACAAUUUAUACAUAUUCCGACUUAUGUUGUAAAUCCCAUGGAAAGUGUUAUGUAAAUGGAAUUUUAGCUCUCAGAGAUAUAGUAGAUCGAGUCAGAGAAAAUAAAAUUAAACUAAGAGCAUUCUUAAAUGACAAGAAUUUGGCAUACACCGUAACUGACUAUGGAGCAAACUUAGGAGGAAUAACAAUGAAACAAGAUGACUUUCUGGAAGAUAUUAAAGCUAUCAGAUUAUUUUACCUAUUGGAUGACAGUACCGAACAUAAGAAAAUGCUAGCAGAAUUAUGGGAAAAUGAAUUUAUUGAUGUAGUUUCAAAGUUACAUUAUAAAACUAUCGAAGUUUAUCGAUUUACAAGGAGUUCCUUCAACAGCGAAUCCAGUCGAGUCACAGAAAUGUCGUUUCCUCUUUUACUCGUAUGUGUACCCGCUAUGGUAAUAUUUGCCGUUGUGAAUUGCAUGACCAUAGAUUGGAUCACCAGCAAACCAUGGAUUGGAGUCGCAGGAUGCUUAAAUUCUGGUUUCGCAAUCGUUGCAUCAUUUGGUUUCUUAAUAUGGUGCGGAUUAGAAUAUCUUGAUCUGAAUAUAUCUAUCACAUUUUUAAUUAUAGGUGUAGGACUAGAUGACUCCUUUGUUAUCCUUGCUGCCUGGAGGAGAACAGAUCCAAAGAAGAGUGUACCGGAAAGACUCGCUGAAACAUAUUCCGAAGCUGCCAUAUCCAUCACAAUCACAUCAGUAACAAACAUAAUCUCAUUUUGUGCUGGAAUGUUAACACCAUACAGGAUUGUAAAUAUCUUCUCCAUUUAUAUGGCUGUUAGUGUGCUUUUUGAUUUCCUUUUCCAAAUCACUUUCUUCGGCGGAUGCAUGGCAAUCAGCGGUUAUCGUGAAAGUAGAAAACUUCAUGCCGUAUUUUGCAUGGCUAUAAAACCCGAUAUGAGAUCUAGUAAGUAA